UUCUCUUAAAUCUCAUUUUCUCUCAAAUCUCAAAUAUUCUAAGAAAAGCAGAGUUACUAUCGAGAAUAAAGUAGAAAAAGUUUAAGAAAAUGAAAAUGGAAAGUGAUGUUAUGCUGUCAAAAUUUAAGAGAAUUUGUGUGUUUUGUGGGAGUAGUCAAGGGAAGAAAAGUAGUUAUCAAGAUGAUGCUAGUGAGCUAGGCCAAGAAUUGGUCUCAAGAAACAUUGAUUUGGUCUAUGGAGGAGGUAGCAUAGGCCUGAUGAGUUUGGUUUCACAAGCAGUUUAUGAUGGUGGUAGGCAUGUUAUUGGAGUUAUAAUCAAGACACUCACGCCUAGAGAGUUGACUAGUGAAAUAGUAGGAGAAGUGAAGGUAGUUGCAAAUAUGCAUCAAAGAAGAGCAGAAAUGGCUAAGCACUUUGAUGCUUUUAUUGCUUUACCAGGUGUUUAUGGCACACUAGAUGAGCUACUUGAAGUAAUUAGUUGGGCACAACUUGGCAUUCAUGAUAAGCCGGUAGGAUUGCUGAAUGUGGAUGGAUAUUACAAUUCAUUAUUGUCAUUUAUUGACAAAGCUGUGAAGGAGGGCUUCACUAGUCCCAAUGCUCGCCAAAUUAUCGUAUCUGCACCAACAACAACAGAGCUUGUCGAGAAACUCGAGGAAUAUGUUCCUUGUCAUGAAAGAUUUGCUUUGAAGUUGAACUGGGAGACGGAGAAGAAGUUUGGCAACCAUCAAGCACAAGAAACUGUGCAGUGAUUACAAAAAGGCGAUUUGCAAGCAUGUAAUUUCUCUCUCUUUUAGGCAAGUUAGAAUGGAGAGAAAUAUAAGGGUUUUUGCAACAUAUAAUUUCAAACAAUUUCUCUGUUAGUGAACAACAAAGUGUUAAUGAAUCGAAAUAGGCCUCACAUGGCUUCAAUACACUUUGAGUUUAUGUUUUGAACAAGAAAAUGACAUGAAUAACAAGGUAACAUUGCUAGUGAAUCGAAAUAGACCUCACAACGGCUUCAUUAGACUUUGAGUUUUUUGUUUUGAACAAGAAAAUGAGAUGAAUAGCAAGGCAACAAUGCUAGUGAAUUGAAAGAGCCCCACACGGCUUCACUAGACUUUAGAUUCAACAAUACAAUGUUAAAACGAUAAAAAUUGCUCAACAUAGUACUUAUACAAAUCUCUUUUGCCACUUCAUUGACAUAUGAUCCAUCUUCUCUCUUAUGAGUAGCAAGAUAAAGUUUUGUUCAUCCAGACUUAUGCCAGUCUCAACCAU